CGCCAAAGCAUUUCCCUCAGUUCGGGCCUAGCAACCAUGGCGAAAGGGAGUCUCAAGCUCCUCCUCCUGCUGGGGGCCGUGUUCUCUUACACACUCGCUGAAGAAUUACGUGAGACUGACAUUGCCAAGGCUCGCGUUGAGAGCUGCGGUGGAUGACGUUUGAACAGGCUCCCCGAGGUGAAGAAAUUCAUCCACGAGGACAUCCCACUCUUCCAUAAUGCCAAGUUCAAGCAGAUAGGAGGUGCUCCUCCAGAACUGGUUCUUCUCAAUCGGUUUGAUCAGGUUGUGGAGCGCCUGCCCCUGGAUAAGUUGUCCCGCGAUGAGUGCAAUAAACUCAUGCUGAAGAAGGGCUUCUACAAGAAGAAUUCACCCAGCGAGGAAGUCCCUGAGGAAUACCUUAACGGGCCUUAUAGAGAGAGGGAAGAGCUGUAAAUGAAACCUCGGGCAUCGGCAUUAAAACCAUGUUCCUUGGAAGCCAUUUUGGUAACUGUUUCGUCAUUUUUCAUCGUGGAAACACAUCUGUAGAAAAUUCGAAGUCCGUUAGACAGUGUCAGUAUAAUAGUCAACUAGUUAAAUCAGAGCAGAUAGUACUUAGAUUUUAUUUGUAGAAAUGUCGAUUUUUAUAUAAGUAAAGUAUCAUACAAGCUCCCCAAAACGCAGUUUACCAAUUUCGCUUCAAAACGGAACAUGGAAAUACCGCACAAAAUUCCGUCAGCGACAUUUGUUACCAAUAUGGAGUUCCGGAGCACUCGAGGGAGGACACGAUUUUCGACAUGAAAGGGAUCGCGAAAAGGGUUAGACUCAAGUGAUCCUUGGAAGCCAAGAAUUAUCUGGUUGUCCCUUGAGUGUUCUGAGACGUUUGCAUUCCGUUGAUUUUUUGUAGUUGUUUGAAUAAAAUUUAAUUUUAA